CCUCUUCACAGGUUGCGAGCUGAAGGCUGACAAAGAUUACCAUUUCAAGGUGGAUAAUGACGAAAACGAGCACCAGUUGUCACUGAGAACGGUUAGUUUAGGGGCUGGUGCAAAAGAUGAACUGCAUAUCGUUGAAGCAGAGGCAAUGAAUUAUGAGGGAAGUCCAAUUAAGGUUACACUGGCAACUUUGAAAAUGUCUGUACAGCCAACGGUGUCUCUUGGGGGCUUUGAAAUCACACCGCCUGUGGUCCUGAGGCUGAAGUGUGGGUCAGGGCCUGUGCACAUUAGCGGACAGCACUUAGUUGCUGUGGAGGAGGAUGCAGAGUCAGAAGAUGAGGAAGAGGAGGAUGUAAAGCUGUUGAGUGUGUCUGGAAAGCGAUCUGCCCCUGGAGGUGGUAGCAAGGUUCCACAGAAAAAAGUAAAGCUUGCUGAGGAAGAUGAGGAGGAAGAGGAUGAAGAUGAUGAUGAGGAAGAAGAUGAUGAUGAUGAUUUUGAUGACGAGGAAGCAGAAGAAAAAGUUCCAGUGAAGAAAUCUAUACGAGAUACUCCAGCCAAAAAUGCACAAAAAUCAAACCAGAACGGAAAAGACUCAAAACCAGCAACACCAAGAUCAAAAGGUCAAGAAUCCUUCAAAAAACAGGAAAAAACUCCUAAAACACCAAAAGGACCUAGUUCAGUAGAAGACAUUAAAGCAAAAAUGCAAGCAAGUAUAGAAAAAGCACUUUGAACAGCCCUGGGCACUACUGGUAAAUUAAAGCCCAAAGAUGGGGAAAGAGGAAAAGGAGAAACAGAUAGAGUCCAUACUGACUAUCAUCAACAAUCCAGACUGAAGUCUUCUAUCUUAAUCUCAAUCCCCUUUCCUGAUUUGCCACCCAUACCCCCUCCAGGCUGGAAGCAAUCUUGGUUUCCUAACGCACUCUUGGUGCGGCUGCUGUGAUUGAGUAAUCCUUGCGUCCUGCUUUCUUUUGUGCAUGUGCUCCAUCAAUUUGACCAUGCCUUAGUCCACUUUGUAUCCCGUAGCUGCUCAAUAAAUAUUUGAAUGAAUCAAA